UUAAUAAAAUAUAUAUUGGGACAAUUCAAAUAAGAUCACACAUGACUUUAGAUCAUAAAAGUUAGUCAAAGUAUAGUUUGUAAAUAGUGCAAAAAUCAAAUGGUGUCAACUAAAUAAAAACUGAAGAAGUAAUAAGUUUAUAUUGUAGUAUUUCUUUUGACAAUAUAGUUUUGUUAAGCAUUAUACAAUGAUUAUGAGUUACCCCAAACAUAGCAUAAAUCUAAAUAAAGUAAAUUAACAGUGUUCAUUUCAUAUGAUAUUAUUAGCUCCACUAAUAUCAAUCACCAAAGCUUAAGACCAUUGCAAUCCACUGGUUGUCCUAAAAUUAAUCAACCCCAAAAUAACCAAACGAAGAUAAAGGAUUCAAAACACUUUUUUAACUUAGAAAAUAACCACAAAAUUCUAAUCUUGACUAUAGAUGCGCUACAUCAUUCUUUUUUUCUUAUUUAGCAUUUUACCUCUAUUUAAACACUUCUUCCCAGCAAUCUUACAUAGCAUUAUAGAGCCUUCUGGGGGCUUGUACAAUUUCAAUAAUUAAAAUAAAAAUAGGGACUUAAGCCCCAAUAGCUCUACCAAUCAAAAAAGAAAAACAAGAAAAAAAAAAAAAAAAAAAAAAAAAAAAACACUAAUCCCACCACAUUUUUCUUACCCUUAAAACAAAAAAAAAAAAAAAUUUACCAAAUGGGAAAGAGCCCUAUUGUUAUUGCUAUAUCGGCCAUAUGUGUGGUGGCAUGUGUAGCGGCUGUUACACUUGGUGUUUCGAAGUAUGGCCAUGGUAAUGACGGACCCAACAAAGGUGGCGGAGAUGACCAUAAGAUUGCCUCCGGUACGAAAGCAAUCCAAAGCAUAUGCCAACCAACGCGGUACAAGCAAGCUUGUGAAACAACCCUGAGUAAUUCGGCUGGAAACACUACCGACCCAAAGGAGUUGGUGAAGACGGCAUUUAGGGUGGCAAAGGACGAGAUAACAAAAGCAUUGGAGAAAUCCAACACGAUUAAGGCUGCUAAAGAUGAUCCUCGUGCAGCUGAAGGCUUGGAGAUAUGUAAGGAAGUGGUUGGCUAUGCCGUUAAUGACCUUGAGAGGACAGUGGAUUCUGUGGGUGCCUUUACGAUGGAUAAUGUUGAUGACUUCCUUGAAGAUCUAAGGGUUUGGAUUGGUGGUGCCAUUACUUAUCAAGAGGUUUGUUUCGAGGCGUUUGAGAAUUCUACUAGUGAUGCAGGUACUAAGAUGCGUAGCUUCUUCAAUGUGUCGCGUGAGCUUAGCAGCAAUGCCUUGAACAUCAUCACUGAGGCCAAAUCUAUGCUUCAAUACCUUGACAUCCCAGGGCUUGACCUUAGUGCCCUUGGUAGUGGUGCUGGUUCUUCAGCUCACCGUCGUCUUCUUCACAAGGCAGGUAAGGGAGUGUGGGUUGCUGGUGAGAUGCCUCCUUGGGUCAAUGACCCUAAGCGCAAAAUUAUGAACGUCCCUGUCUCUCAGAUUAAGCCUGAUGCUAUUGUCGCUCAAGAUGGUUCUGGCCAAUACAAGACCAUUGGUGAAGCCGUAGGAAAGGUGCCCCUAAAGAACGAAAUCCCCUUCAUUAUCUACAUUAAGGCAGGUACAUACAAGGAGACCGUCCUCAUCGAAAAGAAGCAUACUAAUGUCAUUCUGGUCGGUGAUGGACCUACUAAGACUAUCAUCACAGGGAGCAAGAACUUUGCUGAUGGUAUUCAAACUUUUAAGACUUCAACGGUUGGCGCUGUUGGAGAUGGAUUCAUGGCAAGGGACAUAGGAUUUGAGAACACUGCAGGACCACAAGGCCACCAAGCAGUUGCCUUAAGGGUGGUGAGUGAUUUCGCCGUCAUAUACAACUGCCACAUUAGCGGACACCAAGACACAUUGUACGCAGUAAGAGGUCGUCAAUUCUACAGAGACUGUACAAUCUCAGGCACAAUCGAUUUCAUCUUUGGUGAUGCACAAGCAGUGUUCCAAAACUGCAAGUUGCUAGUAAGAAAGCCAGGACCCAACCAACAAUGUAUGGUAACAGCCCAAGGUAGGACCGAGGAGAAAGGACCAGGAGGGUUCGUGAUGGAAGGUUGUACAAUCUCCGGUGAGCCUGACUACAAGGCAGUAAAGGCUCAGUUCCCAGCCUACUUGGGACGACCAUGGAAGGAGUACUCUAGAACCAUCUUCAUGUACUCGAACAUAGAUGACUGCAUCGCUCCUCAAGGAUGGACAGAAUGGAGAGGAACCUUCGCCCUUGACACAUUGUUCUACGCCGAGUACCAAAACAAAGGUACAGGUGCUGAUACAUCUAAGAGAGUUAAAUGGGCGGGACUCAAGACUUUGAGCCCUCAACAAGCUGAUGGUUUCACUCCUGCUAAGUUGUUCGUUAGCGGCGACAAAUGGAUCCCUCAGACUGGUGUUCCAUAUGCUGCUGGAAUGUUUUCUGCAAGCUAAGCGAUUAUUUUAGAGGUUAAAAGACGGAAACAAAAAAAUUAAAUAAUUAUGUGGAAAGACGAGAGAUUGUUUGUAACUUUACAGAAAUUAGUAGAAAAAUUUAUUUCUGAAUCACAAAUGAAAUUCGUUGUAGUGUAUUUUGUUUUGCGUAACAUAUAAUUAAGUAGAUUAAAAUCAUUAGAUAGUCCGUAUGUAGAAAGGAACUAAUUAAAAGAAUGAAAUUAUUUUAAUAACAAAAUUAGAUUUGAAAAAAAUUUAUAAACACCAAGAU